CUCGCGAGAGUAGGAGUUUUGGCGAGAGUUUGUGGAAGAUGGCGCCUGUUGUGACAGGGAAAUUUGGAGAGCGACCUCAACCGAAACGGCUCACAAGGGAAGCAAUGCGAAAUUACCUGAAGGAGCGAGGUGACCAAACAGUGCUAAUACUCCAUGCGAAAGUUGCGCAGAAAUCAUAUGGAAACGAAAAAAGGUUCUUUUGUCCUCCUCCAUGUGUGUAUCUCAUGGGCAGUGGAUGGAAGAAAAAAAAAGAGCAAAUGGAGCGGGAUGGUUGCACUGAGCAGGAGUCACAACCUUGCGCCUUUAUUGGGAUAGGAAACAGUGACCAAGAAAUGCAGCAGCUGAACUUGGAAGGAAAGAAUUAUUGCACUGCCAAAACAUUAUACAUAUCAGACUCAGACAAGAGAAAGCACUUCAUGUUAUCGGUAAAAAUGUUCUAUGGCAAUAGUGAUGACAUCGGUGUGUUCCUCAGUAAACGGAUCAAAGUCAUCUCCAAACCCUCUAAAAAGAAACAGUCACUGAAAAAUGCAGACUUAUGUAUUGCAUCAGGGACAAAAGUGGCACUAUUUAAUAGACUUCGAUCCCAAACAGUUAGCACCAGAUAUUUGCACGUAGAAGGUGGUAAUUUCCAUGCCAGUUCACAACAGUGGGGAGCAUUUUACAUUCACCUGUUGGAUGAUGAUGAAUCAGAAGGAGAAGAAUUCACAGUGAGAGAUGGCUACAUUCACUAUGGGCAGACUGUCAAACUUGUAUGCUCAGUUACUGGCAUGGCACUCCCGAGACUGAUAAUUCGAAAAGUAGAUAAACAAACGGCAUUAUUGGAUGCAGAUGAUCCAGUAUCACAGCUCCAUAAAUGUGCAUUUUACCUUAAAGACACUGAGAGAAUGUAUUUGUGCCUUUCCCAGGAGAGAAUAAUCCAAUUUCAAGCCACUCCAUGCCCAAAAGAACCAAAUAAAGAAAUGAUUAAUGAUGGAGCUUCUUGGACAAUCAUUAGCACAGACAAAGCAGAAUACACAUUUUAUGAGGGGAUGGGUCCAGUCCAUGCUCCAGUGACACCUGUGCCUGUUGUGGAAAGUCUUCAAUUGAAUGGUGGUGGGGAUGUAGCAAUGUUGGAACUUACAGGACAGAACUUCACUCCAAAUUUACGUGUCUGGUUUGGGGAUGUGGAAGCUGAAACCAUGUACAGAUGUGCAGAGAGCAUGCUUUGUGUUGUUCCAGACAUUUCUGCGUUUCGAGAGGGCUGGAGGUGGGUCCGACAGCCAGUCCAGGUUCCAGUAACUUUGGUCCGUAACGAUGGCAUCAUUUACUCCACCAGCCUUACCUUUACAUACACACCGGAGCCAGGGCCACGGCCACACUGCAGUGCUGCUGGAGCAAUCCUCAGAGCCAACUCAAGCCUCAUGGCCUCCAGUGAAACAAACACAAACAGUGAGGGAAGUUACACAAGCGUCAGCACAAACCCCACCAAUGUCACAUCAUCUACGGCAACUGUAGUUUCCUAACUACUGUUGUUUGUCUGGACUUGAAUUGACUUUUCGUGCUACAUUCAAGAGAACUGAACAAUUUUUGUGGUUUCAUGGGAAAACACUUUUCCAUUUUAGGUGAUAUGAUUUCAACCUUGUUACCUGCAAGUGCUGAUCUUAAAAACAGAAGCCACAAUAAAAAAAGAAAAAACCAACAUCCGAAACAUAAGAACUUUAUUGAAAAUCUAUUUUUCAGCUGUGGUUUUUUUUAGUGGGCAAGAAACAAAAAUGUGGCUGGGAUACAUGUUGAGCAAACUAGAAAACAUGAACACAACAUAGUUUUUAUGGACCAAGGAACUUGUAUAAGCUUUAGUAUAAAAGGUACAUUUUCACCAUACCUUUUUUGUAUCACAACAUAUAGUACACUUUUGUUACCAAAUAGUUUAUAUUUUUUUUUCCUCUGAGCUUUUGCUCUGAAGUAUAUUCAGGUUCCAAGCCUGACCAUGCUUGUAUAAUCUAAUUACCAUACUCUUCCAGUUUAAAAAAAAAAAUAUAUAUUUUUGGUCUGUGGCUGGAACUGUUCCUUUUUUUAAACUGAAGUCUUGUGACUUUUUAUGAACUGAAAUUGUUUUUAUUUCAGCAAGUAGAACCUUGUAAAGGCCAGCAUAUUUUUUUUAAGAUUAUAUGAAGUCUGUGCAAAAGCUUUAAAAAAUGCCUCUGCCUUGCCUGCAAUACAUGCAAUGUAUGUUAACUUUAGUGCUCUGUUUUCAGUCAUUGUUAAUAGUUAUUUCUGUUUUUCUUUUUUAAAUAUGUAUUUAUAGUGAUAAUUCAUGAGGUUCUAACAUUACAUGAGUUUUUUUUCCUAAAAGUGGCAUCUCAAGCAGUCAUAUUAAUGAUUGUUCAUGUCACAGGCAUAUGUUGGUGUUUUUGAAGGGUUGUUACUGGGUUACUCCCCCUCUUCCUUGCUCAGUCAUAUUACAUCUGAAAAUGUUUCAGGAUCUGUUCAGGUUUUUCUAAUCUUGUACAUAAUUUGUAUUAAGUGUAAGUUAAAUGUUUUAUUUCAAAAGUGGAAUGUUCCCAAUAACUUCAUUUGGCAGCAUGUCUUCUGUCUUGUUGGCAUGAAACUAAAGUACCAUGAGAAGUAUGUGCUACAAAUGGGAUUGGUAGGUGAUGCCCUUCAUCACUUGAGAAUCACAACAAGCAUGUUUUUCUUCAUACUGUUCAGUAAAUUAGGCCAGACUUUUGUGUAACACUUGUAUUGAGAACGUGCUUUCAUUGUGAAGUGAUCAUACAGUAAUAACUAGAAGUAAAUUUUAUUACUUAGAAAUGGGCAAAUAGAAAAUCAUAAAAGCACUAUGAAGAUGUCAACUCCUCCCAUCCUUGUUUCCUGUGGGUUUCCCUUUCCCUGCCAACAGCUUGUGCAACAUUCAAGUCUUCUCUCCAGCAUAAAUUCAAGGCUCAUUUGCACUUUGACUUUGUUGGUUGUUGCAUUUGUUUUUCAUUUUGACUUUACCAUGUUUUAUCCCUCCUUGUAGACCUGCCUGCUUCAUUUGUAUUUGAACGUACCCCAGUAGUUCAUUUGUAGUCACAGAGCUAGGCAUAGACUUCUAGGACAAGUUCUGACAGUGUGAUCUUCCUCUUUGAAAGCCAAAAUUUCAUGGUGUGUUCAGCCUUUUCUGUACCCUGAAGCAAAAGUCACAACUGCUGUGUAAACAUGAACCUGUGGUUUCCUACAGUGCAUUGCUUACAAGCUUACCUGUUGACCAUUUUCAUAGGGUUUUUAUUUCUGACCACUGAUUCCAGUUUCAACACCCACCACCAUUUUAAAGCAUCGUCUCUGCACCGUAUUUGUGUACUCUGACGCUCCAUUCUACCUGUUUGCUUUAGUGCUCCGUUGUGUGUGUGUGAAAACGUGUUUAAAGGAAGAAAUUGUUUAUAAAGCAUAUUUAGCAACUAGUAAAAUCAGUGCCACUGUCCUCCUGAAAUGUGCUUGUAUUCUACCACAGGCCUUCAUACUCGUUACUCUGUAUUGCAGAACGUGUUCCCGUGACGCUGGUUCCUAGCACUAGUGAAUGCUGCCUCACCUCAUCUCCAUUUCAGUGACCAAGGGCAGGAUUCAUUGUGGCCUUAUCUCUGUUUUAAACUGUUUACUGGCAUUUACUUGCAAAUCUGUUUACCUUUGUGUGUGCAAAAUUUUGGGUUAUUGUGUUGUGGCAGGAAUCGUUUCGCAGUGUUUUUGUUAGAAGCACAUAAAUACCUUACAGUACAGCUUGGUUCAAGAGCCACAGAUUUUCAUCACUAAUUAGACUGAGAACUAAAAUAAGCAAGGUACAUAGAUUUAGAGGGUAUUCAAGAAACCAUGAUAGACACACAGCAGGCAAACCAUAAAAAGCCUUUUAACCUUCAAAGACUAUUUAAAAUAGCUUUUCAGAACUUGACAUGUGCUUUUAUACUCAUUAUUUUAAAUUUUUUUACAUAUAAAUGCAAUACUUUUUAUAUUCAGUUUCUUUACAUGCGGUAAUUUUGCCCAAUAGAUAUAAUAUCCCUUGACUUGUAAAGAUUUAUCCUAAUAUCUGCUGUUCUACACACUACAGCCAAGUGGGUGAAAAAAGAGCCUGUUCUGCUUAAAAUACCAUUUUAAACCACAUUUUUUCAUUUGGCUUGUGGCUUUCUUGUUGCCAGUAGUUAUUCUGUAGUACAGAAAUGGUCUUCCAGGUCCUUACUGUUGUUAAUACAUCCAGUUGUUCAGAUAUAUUAUCUUCCUGAACUUUUUUCUGUGGGGUGAUAUUGUUACAUAUAUUGGCCUUGUGAGCUGUUAACAAUUUUCAUGAUAUUAACAAUAUCUCAAGAUUUUGAUAAAACUACUUAUAAAAUGUUUCACUAUGAAACUCUUAUAAUUGUUCAAGUCUAGCUGUUAAGUCUGCUGUUAAUUCUGUAUACAUAGAAAUUGAGUCUGUGUUCAGAAUGUUGUUAUAGUUCCAACUAUAGGAAGAAGAAGCAAAGUGAGUGCUCUAAUUUAGCUAUGCCUUUUCUUGUUUUCUGUUGCUUGGAACUGUGUUUCAGAAUUCAACACUAGCGUAGUCUUUAAUAAUCUGCUGCUGAUGUUUUUCCUAAUUAUUUGCCCCAAGGGCAUCCCACAACUAUGUUAAUAAUGGUAUUCUGUACUUGUUUUCAUUGCACAGACUUAAAAAAUCAGAAUGGUUACCUGAAAAGACAUCAACUCAAGACAUAAAUUGAUGAAUUCCCCAUAUAGAAAAUAUUAAUGCCUAGUGAAUUAAAUUAUCUAUUGGAAGUAAGCUACCCACUUGUGGAUUAAAUGACUCCAUAGAGAUGUCCAUCUUGAAACUAAGAUGCUCUUCAAUUAUUAACCAUAUUAUUUACUUUCUUUCAAAAGCAGCUGUGUUUAUGAGUACUGAACAAAUGUGUAUACUUUCCUGUGCCAGACUUUUGACUUUGUUUUCAAGCACUGUACUGUGGGAUUGAGUGGCAGCUUUGUUAGAAAAAGAAGUAUAUUAGGGUUUCUACUUAACCCUUUUAGGACUGAACAAUUUCUUCCCUUUAGAAGCUGUAAAAUAAAUGAGCAGUUCUAACUUCGUAAACAUUCUGUCUGUGUUCAGCACUGCAUUUGCCCCAUCUGGAGGUGCUAUGCUAAUGUAAUUUUUUAAAAUCCUGUAGCAUGUGUAUACAUUCAGUCUUAAAAGGGUUAUUUUUACAAACUGUGCACCUGUAAAGUUUCUUAGCAAUAAAGGUAGAAAAAGAGCAAGUUUUUACCAUAAUUUUGUAGAAUUAAUUGCUCAGUUCCAUAUUUCAUCAAGAAAAUCCCUGCAAUAUGGGCAGUUUUGAGGAUUAAAUAAAAGUGAAAUGUAAACCACAUAAAAGUGUUCUUGUCAAGUGUACUCUGUGUGUGUAUGUGCAUAAACUGUCGGGUUUCAUUUUCUCUACAAGGCUAAAGAUAAAAUGCCAUGUUACUGUUGCUGUGACAAACAUAACUGAACAUCUGUAUGAUGAUACAAAAGUACUUACGGUUUGAACAGGUGUUAAAACUUGCCACAUUUUGUUGGGUGUUUUUUUUUCAAUGUUGACCAAGCAUUAUGGGUUUGUUUUUUGUUUGUUUGUUUGUUUGUUUUGGGUUUUUUUUCCCCCAAAUGAACAGUGAGGCCAUCUGUUGCACCUGAACAGCAUAAAAGAAGACCAGCCCUGGGAGUGAAAAUCAUCAGUACUUGUGAGGCUGUGCGCACUGGACUCCACUUAAAUGGGAUAUGGAAUGUCCACCCAAAAAUCUAAAUCGGUUUCAUUUUUGCUUGUAUUAUUGCUGAAGUUAGAUAAGAAACUGUUUUUUAAUAAUGUGUAAAAAAAAGUUUCACUUUUUUAUAUAAUUUAUUAAAUAAGAAAAAAUGAACUGUGUUUAAUUGUUUAACUUUAGCAACCUCAUUUUUGCAACUAGUGCACCUGACUCCUUUAAUCUUAUUCUUAGUUGCAGAAUGUGUGACAUUUCAUUCAGUUGGUUGAUCGCUAGAGCCAGAAAUUCAGCAAAUUAACUUAUUUCUUGUUUUGACAGAAUAGUAGGGCUGUCAGGAACAGCUAGAAAUGAUGCAUUCUAAGUUUGCAAGCACAAGUGACACAGUCACUUCAAGAAAGUUUUUUAGAUGGGAAGUGGACAUGGCAGAGAGAAAAUACAGAAUACGAGAAGCCUGCCAGUACUAACUAGUGUUGUAUUAAACUGAUUGAAGAACUACAAGUUUACCUGUAAGAGUGAGAAGGGGCUAAAAGUGGUUCUUAAGUAGGAGAGCCAAGAACAACAACAAAAACAACAAAUCACUGGCUUUAAAGAAGGAUUACAGAUACUUUUAUUGAGACAUCUGCAAGGUGUUUGCCAUUAAGAUGCAUAAAAUAAUCAGAAACUCAACAGUUGCAGAACUUCUGUUUUUUGAAACAGAGACAUUAUGGACAUUAUUCUCAAAAUUAUGGUCUCAGAAUUAUUUCCAAGACCCUUCAGUCUUAUUCUGAAAUGGUAAAUUGAUUCUUCUGGAACAGAGUAGAAAUUAGAUCUGAGGUUUUUGCAACGAGAAUGGUCACUUGCUAAACUUUAAUGUUGGUGUCAUUGGGAGAAACUGCAUGGGAUGGUGCUGGUCUUAGAUGGACAACUAUGGAUAGAAAAAAAAUCUCUUCAGCUAAGCCUUGGCAAUUAGCUAUAUAGGUAGUCUCAAUAAUAGAUCCUACUAGGAUUCAGAGAAGAAGAUUAAAAGGAGAGUGCUGUGAGGGCUAGGGGAAAUGAUUCAUUUAGUGUUUGCAUGUAAUAUGUCCCAUUUCAGAACAUUCAGAACUACUGAGCUCAGUUGAGUAGUUGGCCUUUCACAGUGGCCUGUUUAGGUUGGAGUUGCAUGCUCCUGAGCAGGGUGGAAAAAACUGAGUGUCUCUGUAAAGGAUAUUUAUUUCUGAUAUCUAGUAGUAGAAGCUCAGUGUUAGAUCAGAAGCAUGAGGAGUUAUAGCCCAUAUUACUUAGAAAUACUUCUGGUUUGAGUAUAGACUUUAAUGACCUAUGCUAAAGUGAGAGAAGUUGCGAAGUCUUGAUUCUUAGUAGGAGCAAACUUGCAAGUUAACUGCUGUCUGAGAAAGAUCUGAUUAAAUCUUUUGAAUUUCACAUCUUUCAGGUUCUGCAUCUCCUUUGAGUAUGGAAAGGCAUGGCUAAAUGUUGGAUAUUGUCUGUUCUGUCUGUUGGUGCCUUUGUAUUCUAGUCUCAGUUCCCUUAUUUUUCAUGUGUACUUUUCCACAUCCUUAAUUAUGUUUCAGUUUUUCUCAGAAUGUGUAAAUUUUGCUGCAUAAUUUAGGAGAGGAGUUGGUUUUAAGGUGAACUCCAACUUUUGAGACUACGUGCUGCUUGUAGAUACAUGGAGAGGAGGGAUCUACAGACCUGGCCCUAAUGAUCUACAGGUUUUUAGUCGAGGGGGGCACAGUUUAGAACCAUGUAAAGUUGUAAAUUCUUUGAAUUUUGAAACCCCUUGCUUUUUAUUUAUCUUUUAAUUGUAUUUUCUGUCAUGUUGCCCCCUCAUCUAUGUUCAUUUAACCCUUCAGUCUUCUCUGUUGUUCUGUUUGCUGAUCUGUUCACUGGUAAAAGUUUAUUUCCACUUCUGUGAAUCCCAAUGGGUGUGUUCACAGGCAAGCCUGGGGCCCUGUGCUAUUGCAGCUACUUCUGUGCCCAGCCUCCAUCUCAUCUUUCUGCUUUAGCUUCUCCUGAGUGACUUGACCUGGAAGCCUUUGGCAUUUCCAGCUAACAGCAACUGCAUUCAUGUGAUCAUUGCUAUACCAGUACAUUACAGCAUUUAAGUAAAUUGCCAUCUAUUGGGCAUCAAAAUAAGGAUUUUGAUAUAGAAGCUGCAGCCUUGCAGGCCAUAUGUUCAGAAUAUUUCCAAGAGCUUCAUAGUUCUGUUUGGAGAACAACUUCCACAGUUACAUAAAAGAUAGAAGCACAGAUCUAUACAUACUGUGUUUUCUAUCUUGAAAU